AUGGCUUCUUUAGCAGCAACGAGACGAACCCAUUUGAACCCAAGCAUAUCCAAGCUCUCUCCCCUCUUCUUCUGCACCUCACCCGACUCCAAAUCCACAAACCCGACAUCCGAUGAAGGCAUCCCCGCUCCCCCAAAUCCAGAUUCCGACUCCUCCGCCGCCGUUUUACCAUUCCGCCGCCGGGGCCCGGAGAAAGUCGAGGACGUCAUCUGCCGGAUGAUGGCGAAUAGGCCCUGGACGACUCGACUUCAGAACUCGAUCCGAAACCUCGUCCCGAGCUUCGACCCCGAGCUCGUCUACAAUGUGCUGCACGGCGCCAAAUACUCGGAGCACGCGCUCCAGUUCUUUCGAUGGGUCGAGCGGUCGAAUCUUUUUCAGCACAACAGAGAAACCCACCUCAAAAUCAUCGAGAUUCUUGGUCGGGCCUCGAAGCUCAAUCACGCCAGGCGCAUUUUGCUGGACAUGCCCAAAAAGGGCCUCGAGUGGGACGAGGAUUUGUGGGUCCUGAUGAUCUACAGCUAUGGGAAAGUUGGGAUUGUCCAGGAGAGCGUGAAGCUGUUCCAGAAGAUGGAGGAAUUGGGAGUCGAGCGGGGAUUGAAGUCAUACGACGCUCUGUUUAAGGUAAUCCUGCGCAGGGGCCGGUACAUGAUGGCCAAGAGGUACUACAACAAGAUGCUGGCUGAAGGCCUUAAGCCGACUCGUCACACAUUCAAUAUCUUGUUAUGGGGAUUUUUUCUCUCAGGCAAAGUCGAGACGGCCAAUCGGUUUUUCGAGGACAUGGAGAGUCGUGAUAUUGCGCCCGAUUUGGUGACAUACAACACGUUGAUCAACGGUUACUACCGUGUCAAGAAAGUCGAGGAGGCGGAAAAAUAUUUCGUCGAGAUGAAGGGGAGGAACAUUGAACCGAAUGUGAUUACAUACACGACUUUGAUCAAAGGUUAUGUUUCGGUCGAGCGGGUUGAUGAUGCUUUGAGACUGUUGGAGGAGAUGAAAGGAUUUGGUAUCAAGCCGAAUGCAGUCACUUACUCGACACUGUUGCCCAUCCUGUGUGAUGCUGAGAGAAUGCUUGAGGCCCGAAUUGUGCUGAAGGAGAUGGUGGCUAAGUUUAUUCAGCCUAAAGAUUACUCGAUUUUCGUGAGGUUGAUGUCCAGUCAGUGA